AUCGCUCCCAAAUAACCUAUCUUUUCUGGGUUAGGGUUUUUGCUUCCUCUCGUGUUCUCUUCUCAUAUCCACCCUUUUUCAUCCUCUCUUCUUCCUCCAUCACUUUAAAUCUCCUGAUUUUUCUUAAAAAUGGCGGAAGAAGCUCAAUACGAUUCGCACAAGAGAAAGUACGAUGAAGAAGCUACUCCACCUCGUUCGCGACGCCCUUCAGGAUUUUCAGACGGUCCUCCUCCAUCAGCAGCGCCUUACGGCUACGUUCCUCCUCCUUUGGAAGAUUUUGAACUUGCUAAGCAGAAGAUUCAAGAGCUUGCAAAUCUAGCUAAGCGUUCCAAGUUCGAGAAUGGCGCUUAUCCUUCCAAUCUUAACGCUUUAUCAUCAGAUCACAAGCCUUUGGCGUCUAAUAUUCAAGUUGGAAGCACAGCACCUAGCUACUCUGGUAGCAAAAAGAUUGAAAUACCCAACGGACGGGUUGGUGUUAUCAUUGGUAGAGCCGGGGACACCAUAAAGAACCUUCAGCUUCAAUCCGGAGCAAGGAUCCAGGUGACUAGAGAUGCAGAACAUGAUCCAAAUAUGCAAAGCAGAACAGUUGAGCUAAUGGGAAAUCAAGAUCAAAUUGCAAAGGCUGAACAACUCAUUAACCAGGUUCUUGCCGAGGCUGAUGCUGGAGGUCCUGGCGCUGUUUCAAGGAGGUUUUCAGGAGCACCCGGGUCUGAACCUCUUGUCUUGAAGGUCCCAAACAAUAAGGUUGGUUUGGUGAUUGGGAAAGGAGGUGAGACCAUAAAGAACAUACAAUCCAGAUCAGGAGCAAGAGUUCAGGUUAUACCAUUGCAUCUUCCCCCUGGUGAUGCACCUAUGGAAAGAACAGUACAGAUUGACGGUACCAGUGAGCAAAUUGAGAUUGCAAAACAAAUGGUUAAUGAGGUUAUUGAGAAUCGCGUUAGAAAUCCAGGAAUGAAUGAAGGAUACCCUCAGCAAAACUAUCAAGCACGUCCUCCUACGAAUUGGGCCCCUCCACCGUCCCAGAUGCAGCAAGCCACUGGUUAUGGCCACAUGCAGCCAUCUGGGGCUUAUCCUGGUGCGUCCUCCCAAUACAAUCAGCAACCUUACCCUAGCUAUCCUCCACAAAACUGGGAUCAGUCAAGUGCUCCUCAAAGCCAGCAGCCUCCUCAAGCAACUGGAUAUGAUUACUAUGGCCAACAGCAACCCCAAUCUCAGCAGCAGCCGCAGCAUCAGCCUUACAAUGGGUCUCAAAGUGGCAACACUGGUUACAACUACAAUCAGCCUCCAACAUCUGGUGGAUAUAGCCAACAAGGGUAUUCUCAGGAUGGAUAUGGAGCUGGGUACCCAGGUUAUGGCCAGCCACCUGUAAAUGCUCAAGGUGGUUAUGGAACCACUCCUGGUUACAGUACUCCUGGUUAUGGUACAGCCAACCCUCCAACUCAAGAAGGCCACCCUGCAACGUAUGGAACCCAAGGUGAUGCUGCUCAAGCAGCAGCAUCAGGACAAUCUCAACAGGGAUACAUGGCAAGCCAGCCUAGCUCUAACCCUCCCUACUCAACUCAGCCUGGUUAUGGAGUGCCUCCAACCUCACAACCCGGUUAUGGGAAUCUGCCUCAGGGAGGAGCGUAUGGUUCUGGAUAUGGUCCGCUUCAGGGCCAAAAAACACCACCAAAUCCAUCAGCGUAUGGUCAGCCUCAACAGUCACCAUCUCAAGGAGCAGGUUAUGCUCCACCUGCUACCAGUCAACCUGGAUAUCCACCUGUUCAACCUUCUGCUCAAUCAGGUGCUGCUGCAUAUGGAGCUGCUGCUCAGCCAGGUGCUACUGCUGCAUACGGAACUGCUGCUCAGCCAGGUGCUUAUCCUCAAGCAUACGGGGCACCACCUGCAACUGCACAGAGCUAUCCACAGCAAUCAUACUAUGGUGGUGCUUAUUCUCAGCCUGCUGCAUAUCCAGCUGACGAUAGUGCGGUGUCUGCUGCUCCUGCUUCUCAACCUCCUGCUCAAUCAAAUGGAGCUGCCAAAGGUUCACCUCAAAGCUUGUGAUCUGUGAGCAAGAGAAGCAGCCCCUGAUGAGGAGAGUUGGAGUUGAUUCUCGGCCUUGCUUUAGGUGUUACUUGGUUCCGUUCUAAAACACAUUUGCCGCUUUGUAAAAUUUUGAAUGGUUAUCUUAGUUUCUUUUGUACGAUAAUGAUUACUAUGUGGGUUUUGCUUUCUCUUUUAUGUGACUCUUUUCUCAUGGAAGUUGGUUCUUUAGAGGGAAAAAGGAGGAUAUUUUAUUUAGAAUUUGGUUGUACCUAAACUUUCUUCAGAAGCUUAUCUGUUUCUUCCUUAACGAGAGGUGAUCUUUAUCAUUAUUAAUCAGUGAUUCUGAUUGACAAA